AUGCCAUCUUGGAAUUGGAACGUUAGUAAUGUUAUCAGCCAGAGCAAAGACUGGACAAAGGAAGGAGCUGUAACGCCUGCCAAAAUGCAAGGAGGAUGUGCAAAAAGCGGAGGCAUUUCUUCAGAAGAAGCAUACCCUUACCAAGUGAAAGAAGGGAGUUGCCGGUCCAACAUCAAACCCGCCAUGCAGAUCAGAGGAUUCCAAAUGGUUCCAUAUAACAACGAGCGUGCGUUGCUCGAGGCCGUAUCGAGACAGCCCGUCUCGGUAGGCAUUGCCGCGAGCGCGGCCAGUUUCAUCCAUUACUCAAGUGGGGUGUACAAUGCGCCCGACUGUGGGACCAACGUGAAUCAUGCAAUGACGCUUGUUGGGUAUGGGACGAGCCCCGAAGGGAUAAGGUAUUGGCUGGCUAAGAACUCUUGGGGUAAGACUUGGGGAGAGAAUGGUUUCAUUAGACUUCGUAGAGAUGUAGAGUGGCCUCAAGGCAUGUGUGGUAUAGCUCAGUUUGCUGCUCUUCCGUAUGCGUGA